AUGGCGCCGGCGAGCGUGGUGUCUGCGGGCGUGCAAGGCCGUGGCAAAAAGAGACCCGCCGCGGACGAGCUCGAGGGAGAGCAACGACGGCUGGCCAAAAAGUUUGGAUUGCUACAUAUCGCUCAUAUUCCCAACCCGCUCAAUCCUCAAAAUGACUCCCCUCACACAUCCCUGGUCUUGCCCCAACCAGCUCCUGGUCCUGGGGCAGAUCAGCAUCCAAUACCCGUCGCUGCUGGCCCAGCUGCUGCCGCUCCUGCUACCGCUCCCACUACCGCUCCAGACGAAUUCAUGCAAGUAGACGAAACAAAACACAGAGUCUACAUCCACGAUCUAGACAGCGAAAUCGCAGAGAUCGAAGCGCACGAAAACAACGCCAACAACAACACCCCAUUCAUCCGCGCCGAUAUUGAGAAGAGAGUCAUAUGUGUUCCUAAGUCUGUGCUAGGGGCCAACAGUGGUAGUAGUAAAAGCGUGCCCUCUACCACUAAUGCGCUUGUCCUCUACCGGCUGCCGUCGUCACUGAGCGUGCCGGAGGUGGAGGACGGUGUGCGCAUGGCUGCUAUCGAGGCUAGGGAGCGGGCGCGGGCGAGGGCCGAGGCUGCUGCUGCUGCUGAGAAGGAGAAAGCGAAAGAAGUGGAAAUGGAGAAGGAAUUGGAAACGGGGCAGAGGGAUCCGGGUAUGAUUAUCUCGCGGUAUGGCUCGUCAUUGGAUUUACUGGCAUCCUCGACGUCUGCAACGCUCCCGUCGCCUGAACCACUUGACUUGGAUUCACCGUAUGACGCUGAACCGAUGGAGAUUGAUGAUAGUUGA